AUGACAGAGAUCACACAGCACUCUUUACAGAACCAAGUCAUAUCAGAAGAGCCGGUAUCUACCACAAGCGAACGAGAUGUAGACAGCAUACCUGAAGAGGGAGAUAUUACAGAGGCUGCUGCCAAUAUCAUUCAUGUAAACAGCACGCCCUUACCGCCCCAAAAUACACACAAGAGAUUGCAUCAGAAUGGUGGAUCCGAUUCUGAGGAGGACAUGACAGAGGAGAACGUACAGCAUUACGAUGUUGGUAAUCUGGUUACCCACAUGGACAAUUUGAGCACCGAUACAAGUGAACAUGCAAGAACACCAGUAGCAGAGAUAGAGGCAUCUACACCAUAUGAUAGAGAGCAGCACACGGAGAAUGGGCAAGAGGAGAUACACUCGAAUAUACCAACCAUUGAGCGUGAGCAUGCAGAUCCAGAACGAGAGUCAUCUGAUAGUCAUUCGAUAGCACCCACAGACACUGUCAAUAGUGGAUCAAGGCCUGCUGCUACUACAGCGACAUCGAGCAGCAGUAAUAACAACAUCACAGUGCCAAAUACAAACAGCACACCUUAUUCCCCAAGAGGCCGAAGUGUUAGUAGUGUAAGCCCUAGUACCUUGAACGGCAAUCUCUUGCCUCGGUCGCAAAGAGUAUGGGAGAUGGAUAGACAAGCGCCUGAAUGUCGACGCUGCCACAGACGGUUUAAUUUCCUAGUGAGAAGGCACCAUUGCCGUCGUUGUGGACAAAUUGUAUGCGACAAAUGCAGUUCAAAUAGAAUCCGACUGCCUGUAGAAGAACUAAUCGAAGAUCCUAUGGUAUCACCCUCUCAGUAUCCAUUACUAGCUUCACAAUCUCAGCGUGUCUGUGACACUUGCUAUCGAGAACCUAUACGUCGUUCAUCUGAAUCACAUCAACGAAGGGGCCAUCGAUCCUCUAACAGUAGGCCCAUGGCUUUUGGAUCACAAAUGAGACGCACAGACAGUAGCCAAAGCUUAAUGAUUGAUUGCCCCGUAUGUGGAAGUACAUUUUUGGGCAUGCAAAAAGGUGAACAAGAGGAGCAUUUACAGAGAUGUCUGAACGUAGGCAGUCCACCCGUGCAAUCCCCACGCUAUAUAGUGUAUCAAUUAUCACAAGAAUCAACACAAAUUGAUGAUGAAUGCCCCAUUUGUUUCGAAGAGUUUGAAGCAGGUGAUAAAAUAUCGAGAAUGAUUUGUCUGUGCUCUUAUCAUCAGAAAUGCUUAGCAUCGUGGUUACAGAAAGGAAAAGGUUGCCCUGUUCAUUAUGAUUCCCUUCAGAUUUAA